GCCUGGAGGCCGAGGCGGGCAGGCACCAGCCAGAGCAGCUGGCGGCAGACGGCAGGCAGACAGUCAGACCGUCUAGCGGGCCUGGCUUGCCUACCUGGCAGCUGCACCCGAUCCUUCACCCAGAGCUGGUUCCGUAGCUCAACAUGGUCCCCUGGUUCCUCCUGUCUCUGCUGCUACUUGCGAGGCCUGUGCCUGGGGUGGCCUACUCUGUGUCACUCCCGGCCUCCUUCCUGGAGGAUGUAGCUGGCAGCGGGGAAGCUGAGGGUUCUUCAGCCUCUUCCCCAAGCCUGCCGCCGCCCCGGACUCCAGCCUUCAGUCCCACACUGGGGAGACCCCAGCCCACAGAUCUGGACGGCCCCGUGCCACCCACCAACCUCCUGGAAGGGAUCAUGGAUUUCUUCCGGCAGUACGUGAUGCUUAUCGCCGUGGUGGGCUCGCUGACCUUCCUCAUCAUGUUCAUAGUCUGUGCGGCCCUCAUCACGCGCCAGAAGCACAAGGCCACAGCCUACUACCCAUCCUCGUUCCCUGAAAAGAAGUAUGUGGACCAGAGAGACCGGGCUGGGGGACCCCGUACCUUCAGCGAGGUCCCUGAUAGGGCACCUGACAGCCGGCCGGAAGAAGGCCUGGACUCCUCCCAUCAGCUCCAGGCUGACAUUCUGGCUGCUACCCAGAACCUCCGGUCUCCAGCUAGAGCCCUGCCAGGCAAUGGGGAAGGAGCAAAGCCGGUGAAGGGUGGGUCGGAGGAGGAGGAGGAGGUGCUCAGUGGUCAGGAGGAGGCCCAGGAAGCCCCAGUAUGUGGGGUCACUGAAGAGAAGCUGGGGGUGCCAGAGGAGUCAGUCUUAGCAGAGGCUGAAGGGGUUCCUGCCGCCAGUGAGGACCAAGAGGGAGCAGAAGGGUCUUUCUCCUUAGCCCAGGAAUCCCAGGGAGCAGCUGGUCCUCCUGGAAGUCCCUGUGCCUGCAACAGAGUCUCCCCCAGUGUCUAACAGGCCCCAGAACUGCUGGGACCCGAAUGUUGGGUCCUCGAGGGUCACCUCUUUGGUCAAGAAAGGUAUUCAGCUCUAACUGCUCCUUGACACCACGUGGCUUGGCCAUUGCUGGUGCCAAGGCUGACCCCGAACUGGCAGAGCCGACACCCUCUGGUGCACCCCAGGAAACAUCUCUCCAAGUUCCAGCGCCCUUAAUGACUCUUGCCACCCUGGGGGCUUCACCCUAACGCACCACUUCUCUGGAAGGGGAAGGUCAGACACAUCCCAGUUGGGGCUGCAUGAGGCAGUCCUCAGAGCAGAAGGGGACCAGGCCAGAGGCCACCUGUGACUGGGCAAACUGCAUCUUGGCUGUGGAGACCAGAGGGGCUGUUAGAUUUGGAAGACUUCAAAGGCUGGGCUUGCAGCGAUUCUCGCUGCCCUUGCACCCUGCCUAAAUAGCAGUCUGGUAACACCAGGGACAGCAGAGCCCUUUGCAUCUCCCCAUCACCUGCAAUGUUGCUGUCACUCUGCCCCUGUUCAGUGGACUUGAUUAGUUAGGAAACUUCUGAAAGGGGCCCUACUUAUAUCAUAGAGUUUCCCCUAGACACCCUGUGGAAACACAAACUCAAAAUCAAGUGGCUUUAGGACCGCCGUGCCCCUCCACAAGCUGACAUGGCUACUCUAAGGGUUCCUGUUGGGCUGGCUUUGCUAUGCUUUCCUCAAGCCGCUUUCUUUUCU